GAGGGAAUGUGGGGUCUUCCCAAAGUCCUGUGUAUGGGAUGAAAAAUCCCCUCGGACCAUGCACUGCUUUUCUCCUCCUUUGCCAGAGGAGCGCCAUGAGGAGAUGGCAGAACAAACUGAAGCAGUGGUGGUAGAUACUGAAGAAGCGGGUGAGUCUUUCCCAAACCAAAGCAAUACGGGGUUUCCCAUGGGAUGACAAGCUGUCCAACCUCAGCAUCCGUUCCUUUUUAUUUCUUUUCCAGAAAAACCAUCUGAAGACUUGGAUUGAGAGAUGAACUGCGCCUCGCAAUAAGCACAGGAGUUAAGCUUCAUAGAUCAAUUACUACACAGCAUAAAAUCCAUGAUUCCACAAACAGAGCAAGGAAAUCCACAGCGAGAACAAGAGGAGCCAGUGUUUGUGUUGAGUGAGAACACUGCAGUUCUGUCAGCCAAAGCUGCCUGAGGGACCGCCGAAUUGAGGGUGUGCGACCUCCAACUCAAAGCCAAUUGGAAGAAAGAAACCAUAGAAAGGAAGGAAAGGGGAGGAAGACAGAGAUCCUGGAAGAGAUAUGGGCAUUUGGGGAAAUAGUGUGACCAUGUAUCAGGCUUUGUGGACAUCUAACGAGCAUGUAAUGCUUAUGGAAGUAGAAGCAUUCACACAGAAGCAAAGGCAGAAAACUGCUUUGGGUGUUAGCACUGUUCUCUGUCCCUAUAUAAUAAAGAAUACCUGCUAAUGGCAAUGGAUCAUUGAUUGCGAUCAGUUAUUGGGGUUUGGUUCCAUGAAACAGGCUGAGUCUUCAUCCUGGAACCAAAGCAACGUGGGCUCUAUCGGAUAACAAGCUGACCCUUCUCACCAGGCACUGCUAUUCCAGCAGAACGAGGCUCUCUCCAGGAAGCUAAAACGGAAGAAAAGAAAUUAAUAGGCAAAAAAAUACACAAAACCAAGAAAAUUUAAAAAAAAGAAUACUCCAAAAAAAAACCUGUAAUUAUUACAAUAAUAACUUUAAAAAAAACACACCAACCUUCCUCACUGAGGGAGCACGACUGACAGCCCUUUGUGUCCCAUCGCGGUGCUAUGAGAACAGCCACACACUUCAGAGCUGACCCCGUGAGCCCCACAGUGGGGGGACCUCCUCCACAACGACCCUCAUCACUCACAUUGAAUGCCCAAAGGAAAAACAGCCCCAGAUGUUCCUCCUGGUGCUUCAGCCACGUGUGUUCCUCAUUCUGCUGUGCUGAUGGUGAUCAUUAACCCAAGAGCUCAUUGACCAAAUUAUGGCUCAGGUGCGUGCUGCUGAACAAGCCUGGAGCCUAAAAUGGUUCCAGCACACAUCCCAGGGGACGGCCCUCCCCCUUUCACUCCCCACCAUUACAGCUCUCCUUAAUCAGAGGAAUACAGAUUCCAUGCACUGAGUGCACUGAGCCAUCGUCCACCUUCCCCACAAACACCUCACUGUGGGAAGAGGGGCUCUGGGGGGAUCACAGGGACAAACAUUUAAUAAUUUCUGUAGUAAUGCUUUAUUAACUUAAAAAUCUGUACUGAUCAAAUAAACUGCCACCCCUUGGGCAUAGCUCAGAGCAAGCUCAUGGAGCACAGCCCACAGCUUUCCCCUGUGCUAUGGCAAUAUUUCUCCUGCGUCCAUGUUCAUCCUGGGUGGAUGCAGAGCCCCAGGGUGGUACAUGAAGCUGCAAUGGGUUGUCGGUGUUCAGAGUUCUCCAACCGUUUGCUCCAUUGCCAAAGGGGUAAAGUUCCUCAGUGUAAUUUACCACACCCUGAAGCUGGGCAAAGGUAGAAGCUGGGCAAAUAUUGAAGCUGAGCAUAGCCGUGCGCUUCCUGCAGCUCAGAUGGCCUUCACAUCGGGCUGCAACCACCCCAGUUUCACCCUCCCCUGGAGGACCCCCAUGCUUUAUCUCGUGGCUCUGCACCUCCUCCAGCCGGGAUCAGCUCAGCUUACAGUGGUAGCACCGAGCCUCCGUGUCACUGCCAACGUGGGACAGGAUGUCGUGCUGCGCUGCCAGUUGUCCCCUUGCAAGGAUGCCUGGAGCUCAGACAUCAGAUGGAUACAGCUGCGGUCCUCUGGGAUUGUGCACCACUACGAAGAUGGAGUGGACCUGGGGCAGAUGGAGGAAUAUAAAGGGAGAACAGAACUGCUCAGGGAUGGUCUCUCUGAUGGAAACCUGGAUUUACGCAUCACUUCUGUGAGCUCCUCUGACAGUGGCUCGUACAGCUGUGCUGUUCAAGAUGGUGAUGGCUAUGCAGACGCUGUUGUGGAGCUGGAGGUGUCAGAUCUCUUUUCCCAGAUCGUCCAUCCCUGGAAGGUGGCUCUGGCUGUGGUUGUCACACUUCUGGUUGGGUCAUUUGUCAUCAAUGUUUUUCUCUAUAGGAAGAAAGCGGCACAGAGCAGAGCAUUGAAGAGAAAAGAUGCAAUGUUGGGUUUAAGUGCUGAAAAUCUGAAGGAAUUAGCCUCAAAACUGAACAAAAAUGCUGAUGAAGUGGAGGAUUGCAAUUCAGAGCUGAAGAAAGACUGUGAAGAGAUGGGUUCUGGCGUUGCAGAUCUGAAGGAACUGGCUGCAGAACUGGAGGAACACUCUGAAGAGAUGGGGCUAUGGAGUGUACCGUUGAAGCUACUAGCUGCCAAACUGGGACGACAAACUAAAGAAUUGGAGAAACAGCAUUCACAGUUCUACAGACACUUCCAGCAUAUGGAUUCAAGAGCUGUAAAACAGAAGAAACUGGUUACAAAACUGGAGGAACACUCUGAACAGAUGGAGAGAAGGAAUGUAAAGUUGGGUGAGUCUUCUUCCCCAACCAAAGGGAUUUGGGGUCUUCCAUGGGAUCAGCCAUGGGAUGAUAACCUGAACCUUAUCAUGUGUUUCUUAUUUGUUCCUUUUGCAGAGGCAGCAGCUGUAAAAGUGGGGCAACAAGCUAAAGAAUCAGAGAAACAGAAAUCGGAGCUGAAGGAGCGCCAUGAGGAGAUGGCAGAACAAACUGAAGCAGUGGUCGUAGCUACUAAAGAAUCGGGUGAGUCUUCCCCAAACCAAAGCAAUACGGGGUUUCCCAUGGCAUGACAAGCUGUCCCACCUCAGCAUCCGUUGCUUUUUCUUUUCCAGAAAAACCAUCUGAAGACUUGGAUUGAGAGAUG